CCCUCCCUGUCUCUUACCACCCUAAAAUCGCUGUCCUUCAGUCUUUCUGCAAAAAAUCCCCAUCACCUCCCAUGUCCUCUUCCUAAUCAAACCUGACACUCCCCACGUCAUGAGACUUGCCACACUACAAAAUCCAGCACCCACAAUCCUCCCUUAAAUCCCCCAAACAAAACCCACAAAUAGUUCAUCAUAUUAUGCAUCUUAACAUGGCCUUUUCUCCCGCACAUCAUGGUUUCUUGUUCCAAUCCCUAGAAGACAACACUGACCACCAUCUCCCCUCUCCCACUUCUCUCCCUUCUUGCCCUCCCCAGCUCUUUCAUGGUGGUGGUGGACCAUUAAUGAUGAUGAAGAGAUCAAUGUCCUUUUCAGGAAUUGACAGAUGUGAUCAAGAGGUAUUGCAUAAUCAUAAUGGGGAUGAUGAAUUGUCUGAUGAUGGGUCACAGUUACUUGGGGAGAAGAAGAAGAGAUUGAAUAUAGAACAAGUGAAGGCUUUAGAGAAGAGCUUUGAAUUGGGGAACAAACUUGAGCCAGAGAGGAAAGUGCAGCUAGCUAAGACUUUAGGUCUGCAGCCAAGACAGAUUGCUAUUUGGUUCCAAAACAGGAGGGCUAGGUGGAAGACUAAACAUUUGGAGAAAGAGUAUGUGCUCUUGAAGAAACAAUUUGAUUCACUCAAAGCAGACAAUGAUGCCCUUCAAGCUCAAAAUAAGAAACUCCAAGCUGAGCUAUUGGCACUUAAGACUGGAGAAUCAACCCUUGAAGUUAACCUUAAAAGGGAAAAUGAGGGUUCUUGGAGCAAUGGAAGUGAAAACAGUAGUCCUGAUAACAACACUUUGGAUCUCACAAGAACACCACAAUUGACAAGCAAACAUCUCUUCCCAACAUCAUCAAUUAGGCCUACAAGCAUCACACAACUCCUCCAAGACUCAUCAAGAUCAGACCUCCAAAUUGUUGAAGAUGAUCAUCAAAAUUUUUGCAACAUGUUGAAUGCCAUGGAUGAGCAGCAGCAGCAGGGGUAUUGGACAUGGCCUAAUCAGCAGCACCAACAAUAUCAUUAAGUGAAGCAUCAGAAAGCAGUACUAUAUAUUCUACUCAAAAGAAAAUUAGGAUUUUUUUCCCUAUCAUUUUCAGUUCCUUUUGUUGAUGUAAUAUAUUGGUAUAUAGAAUUUUGAAUAAAUUUGCUUCAGUA